CAAAUCGGAGCCCCGCAAUUUCCAGAGCAAACCCCAACCCAACCCCAACUCCGGCACCGGAAAUGCGGCGCGGGCGCGGGCGCGGCGGCGGCGGGCGGCACCCGAAGGCGCCCCCCUCCUCGGCGGCGGUCGACCGCACCCCGAUGUCGGACGCCUUCAUCAUCCAGAGGAACCUCGACCACGCCUUCUCCCGCCGCGACUCCGACGCCUACAGCAUCUGCAGCAGCCGCCCCUCCUCCAUCGGCACGGCUCAGGCGGCCUCCCACGCCGGGGGCCCCAUCACCAGCCUCUCCGACCGCGGCUCCCAGGCCGCCGCCCUCCGCGUCGUCAACGCCUACCUCGCGCCCGCCGCCAUCCACCUCCGCCCGUCCCUCCCGCCCGCCAAGGACAUCGUCGCCGCCUUCCACCACCUCGCCGACCGCCUCCGCUACCCCCUCAAGCCCGCCGCCUGGGAGGACGACCUCCUCUCGCUCCUCCGCUCCCUCGGCUGCCCCUACAAGGUCACCAGAUCCGCUCUCAAGGCUCCCGGCACCCCGCACUCCUGGCCGCCGCUCCUCUCCGUCCUCUACUGGCUCACCCUUCUCUGCCGCGUCACCGACGGCCUCGACGCCUCCCCUCCCGUCUCCGCCUCCAAUGACCUCAUGACCUACAUCACCGAGAGCUACUACCUGUUCCUCACCGGCGAGGAUGACGCCGUCGCCUCCCUCGACGACGACUACCACGCCAAGGCCCGCGACCAAAUCGGUGAGAAGGUAGCGGUCGUCCAGGAGCUGGAGAAGGAGCUUCAGGAUCUCGAGGCCAAGCGGAGCAAGCAAAUGUCGGCGCCCUCUCGCCUCAAGGCGCUGGAGGAGAAGAAGGAUGCAUUUACUGCCGACGUUCAGAAGUUCGAGGCCGUGGUGAAGAGCUGGUCCACCAAGAUCAAGGAGAAGGAAGAGGCCUUGGUGGAGAAGGAGAAGGAGCUGGAGGCCAAGGUGAUGAAUUGCCAGCAGACCAUGGUCGAGAAUGAGGAGCUGGUGAAACAGGUCGAGACGCAGGUGGUCAAUGUGAGGGAUGUCGAUAGGAUGGCGAGGGAGAUGCAAGCUGUGGAGAAUGAUAUUGCCAAGUUGGAGAAUGCGAAUGCCGUGCUGGAGGAGAAGGGGUGGGAACUCGAAGCUGCACUAGUCAGUAAGCUCGAGGAGAUCGAGGGCCUUGCGGAGCUGUGCAACCAGUCCCUCAGAAAGUUGAAACCCAGUAUUGAUUUCCAGUACGAGGUAAAUGCAAAAGGAUCCUCCCCGGCUGAGAUCCUUGGUACCACCUACAAAACCACUCUGAAGCCCGCGCUCAAUGCUCUUGCCAAUGAGACUAAAAGGCUAAUUAUCUCAAAGCACGACGAGUCAAGUGAUCUACAAAAGCAGCUGCAAGGAAUUGUUAAAAUGCUGGAGGAGAAAAGGAGUCAUGUUUCUGUUCUACAGGCUAAAAAUAAUGAGAUGACUGCUCAGGUGGAUUCACUGGAUCGUGAAAUCCAAAGUCAUGUUUCACGCUGCGCAGCUGAUGCUAGAAAAAUGAAAGACGAGCUAGAGAAAAAGGAACAUCACCUGAGCACCAUUGAGAAGGAGGCAGAGGUCUUUUUAAAGAACUCUGAAGAGGGUCUCCAAGCUGCGUUGAAGGAGACCGACGAAGAAACCCAGAUGUGCGCGAGGGAGCUGCUCAAGCUCAUUGAUUCCAUCGCAGAGUACAAGGAGUUUGUGGAGCAGUCAACUGCCGAGAUGAAGAAAGAGCUCUACGAAUGCGCGGACGACAUUGCUUCGCUGUCGGCCAAGAUGGUGUGAGGCUGGUCACACGUUGAAAGCGAGUUAGAUUUGGCGCUGCUGCUGUAGAGUUAUUCCCAUGCGCCAAUAGCUACCUUUUGGAUUGCUUAACGUCGUCUGCGGUGUAGUGUGAUAGUUUGAGGGCUUGAUCAGGGGUGUAGUUGUGCGCCGGUGGUUUGAGGGCUUGAUCAGGGGUGUAGUUGUGCGCCUGUGAGAUGAGUUCAGUGCGCGUGUGUCUUACUGCAUUUGCCAGAGGAACAUACUACUUAUUUGUAAAUAGCUAAGCACCUAUGUAGGAUGUGUAGAGAGAUUGUUGAAAUGACGGCUA